CAAUCGUUUUCAAUGUCGAUCACCAGUAUUGCGACGCGUUAUAUCGAAAGCUAUUAGAGUGAUGACAGAAAAAGAAGACCGGUAAAGCGAUUUUCCACAGCGUAAAAAGUGGAACUUCGACUUGCGCGUCUAGCGUCUUUAUUUAUGACGAUGAGCAAUACACGUUUGCGAUGCAUUUAACGGGUUUUCAUAGGAAAAAAGAGAAGUGUCUUUACAAACAUCCUCGGAUGUAUUAAAACAAAGAGGCGCAGCAACCUAACUGUGGAUAUUAAUCCAAAGGGAAGAAAACAAAUUCAGAUUGCAAACACGCGUGAGAUCUUUCGACGGUCGAUAGAAGGGGUACCGUUUCGGUACUUCCGGUUUGCGCAAAGGAUACGUUCCCUCGGAACAACGAGCGUUCGAUAAACAGAAAUCCGGCCGCACUUAAACGAACCGGGUAAAAGUGCGAAUAAACGAGCUUACGGAGCUGGCUGCCACUAUUCCGCCGUACCCCUCUGGCCCCCUCUUCGUCUACAGCCCCAUGUGCUCGUUUUCCAGUCAACGACUUCGUUCGAUGGUGUUGCACUUGCAUGUGCAUUCUUCUUGCAUGCAGGAAAAUAUGGCGAGCUGCAUACACGCACGUGGGACGCAGAGGUGGGGCUACGGCCUUUCAAGCUAUUCCUGUACACCAUGGAGUCGCAAGUAGCAUAACAACGUGGUGGCCCUAUUCCACACGAUGGUGCUGCAAUACACCGUGAACGGGCAGGGUGGUAGAUUGAUAACGCCAUGACGACAUUCAAGGAAUUCCACUGGUUUUGCCUUUUACGACUCGGCACAGGCGGUUCUCUAAGUUCACAAUUUUUAUUGAUCCAACAUAUUGAUGACGUUCAAACGAAUCGAUACCAAAGUAUCAAACGAGUAUUGAUUUGAUAUCGUUCCGAUCGCUGCUUCAACUAAUCGCCGUCACAGUUUUCAUUGAUGGUUGAUGGUCGUAAUGGGACGAAUGGGCGGAGGGAUCUCGUCGAAUGUCACGCUAAAUUACCUGGACUCGAUCGUUUCGUCGUUUAAUCGAGCCUCUCCUUGCCAUAGCUAGCAGAGACGAUUCUGCGAAUUCAUGUCGUUGGUUAGUUGACCAUUUAUAGCGUGAAUGGAAAGCUGGUGAUUAAGGAUUUUCUUGAUUAAGCAACUCCUCGCGUCCUUCUUCGCAAAAGAGUUACAAAAUCUUUUGUAAUUCAUUUUCAGAAAUUAAGAAAAAAAAAUUAAUUUCGCCAUGACGAGGCACGCGACUGGAAGAGUCGCACGAAAUUCUUCCUUUACCACUUCCUUUCGUAUCGUCUUUUGCCUCUCCCCACUUGAUACCACGGGUUUUGUAAUGCCUCUCUGUCUCUGGCACUUCCUGUGUUCCGCCACGUUCACCUGUGUCUGUCGGGCACCUGCCUUCAUAUAACUAUCUAGGUGUACACAGUGUAUAGAGGUGAAGUCCUAUGGGACUUUAGUUUCCCCGGCAAGGCUGUGUGUGCAGCCUGCUGGCACACACCUUCCUCCACCUGGAAACACGUCGAGCAUACAGUCGAUGUUACGCUGUCGCUCACCACGGCCGGACUAUCGAGCUUUUCCUCUCGCUGAUAAGAACCACCUCGCUUAGAACCGGCGAUCGUAUAGCCAGUACUACGAUCGUUUAGUACCUCCUGCGACCGUCUCGUAACUGGUUGGUUCCUCCUCGACUUCUCUUGGGCUACCGCUUGGAUCCAAAAGGAGGAAGAGACAAUAGACUGCAAAUCGUUCCAGCGAGGAUGUGAAGGCUCGAAAUUCCUGGUUCCGGUGUAUCGAGAGCGUUGAACGAUCGCUUUCUUCCGUUUUACGAUCUGAAGCGCGAGUUCUCCAAAACGAACGAUGAUUUAGUGUAACAUUCUUCAAGUUCAUACGUGAACCCUUGAUAAAGUGACUGUACUUCGUGUUUAAUAAACGACUGGAACUUUAUUACCGAUUUUAGUGCUUUAGAAUGUCAUCAGGAUUUCAUUGUCGUGGACGAAAACCUUGAGCUUCCCUGCGAGGGUAUCCCCCCAGAGGCCUGCCAAGGAAUCAAAAGGGUUUCAUGUGAGCCCUAGUGCUAGCCCCACGUCGCCACCGAGUCCCAUCAACGACAACAUGGACAAGGCACCGAUUAUUACCGACGAGAAUUUCCAGGACUUGGAAGCAGAAAAGGCAAUAAUGGGAUCAAUUGUAUACUGCAUACAUCACAAAGAUGGAUGCAAGUGGUCAGAUGAACUAAGAAAAUUGAAGGCUCACCUGAAUACCUGCAAGCACGAUGCGGUUCCCUGCAGCAAUAAAUGCGGCGCAAUGAUCCCUCGUGUACUCAUGGAGGACCAUUUGAAGUACACUUGCGCUCAACGACGAGCUCGCUGCGACUUCUGUGCCAAAGAAUUCACCGGUCACACACUCGAGAAACACACAGGAACAUGCGGUUACGAGCCAUUGUACUGCGAGAACAAAUGCGGCAUGAAGGUGCAAAGAAGGCAUCUCAGUCAACACAAACUGGGCGAAUGUGCGAAAAGGCUGGUAGCCUGUCGUUAUUGCAACAAAGAGUUUGUUUUUGACACGCUAGGUGCCCAUCACGCCAAGUGUGGCCGUUUUCCAGUCGCUUGUCCUCAUCGUUGUGAAACUGCAGUUUUACCAAGGGAGGAUCUCGAAGUCCACUUGAAGGACCAUUGCACCACACACCUUUUGUCUUGUACCUUCAAGGAUGCUGGGUGUCGUUUCAAGGGAAAUAGAUUCUCAUUGGACAAGCACCUGGAAGAAUCAGCAAAGAUGCACCUGAGCCUGAUGUGCAGUGUAGUAACCAAACAGCAGCACCAGAUAACCAGCCUGAAAUCAGCAAUUAGCAAGUUGUCGUUAAAUUAUACAGGCACGCUAAUAUGGAAAAUCACAGAUUACAGUGCGAAAAUGUCUGAGGCAAAGGCCAAGGAGGGAAUGGAACUUGUCAGUCCUCCAUUCUAUACUAGUCAAUAUGGUUAUAAGCUACAGGCGUCAGUUUUCUUAAAUGGAAAUGGAACCGGCGAAGGAAGUCACAUCUCUAUAUACAUAAAGAUUCUUCCCGGAGAGUAUGAUGCUCUGUUGCGAUGGCCAUUUUCUCAUAGUGUAUCCUUCACUAUAUUCGAUCAGACGGUGGUGGCAGAGAAGGCUUGCAAUAUCGUGGAAAGCUUUAUACCGGAUCCAACAUGGAAGAACUUCCAGAGGCCAAGUCGUGAACCCGAUUCUCUUGGUUUUGGUUUCCCUCGAUUCGUUUCCCAUGAAAUGGUCAAGAAACGGCACUUCGUCAAAGACAAUACCAUGUUUAUACGAGUUAAGGUUGAUCCUAGUAAAAUUGUGGCUGUUUAGAUCGAUAAGCAUUAUUCUUUCGGUAACGUUGUAUCAUACUAACUCAAUUGCUAUCGUUCUCCACAAUAAUAUACUUAAUAUCGUCACGAUACAGGCGUAAACGUUUCGAUAUGGUUUAUACGCAUUUCUUAUUUUACAUGUAACGUCAGUCUAGUAAACGAUUAACGAUGUUUUGUAUUUAUUAACAUCGAUCGCGUAUACAUGGCGUGAUAGCGCGAAGUACUUUAUAUACAAGGGCACAAUGUGGUACUUAGGUCAUUGCACUGACAGUAUGAUAUUGUGAAAUUGAGUUAACAUACACAGAAUCUUUACGGAUACAAUUUUAGGAGGCAAUAGUAAUUUCCCAAACAAACACAACACGAAGUCACUUGACUUAGUCAACUUUUGUUUUACCAAUGUAAAGAUAAUAAGGAGCUAAAGAUAUUCCGAGUGAAUUUCAAAGUUUUAUUACGUACAUUGAUAACAUCAAACUCUUGUGUUUAUUUCGGUUCCCAAUUCCCGUCAAAUUGUAAUAUAAUUUCCAUUUUCUGCAGCGUACAAUGAACACUUCGGUUUUACAAGCUUAACGUAGAAUUGAGAAUUUGACUGAAAAUUAAUGGUACCGGAUAUCGAUUUACGAUCGUAAAGUUACGUCGAUCAAUCUGCGUUAAGUUUGCUAAAGCGAGAUUUACUCUUAAGAAUUGAAAUCAAAGAUUAUUAAAGGACUGUAUACUAUAAGUUUAAGGAAUGUAAAUAUUGUGAAAAAGCCGAGCGAUGAACGAGCGAGUAAUUAGUUGAACCGGCCGAAUCUACCAAUGUAAAUACGAUGUUAUUACACUUUUAGUGAUAAUGAGAAAUUGUGAUUGAGAUGCUAGUGACUGUAUGUAAUGAUUUAAGAGUAAGGAACAAUAAAACUAUUAUAUUGCAUUUGUAUAUUGUA